AUGUCUGAGGACCUGUAUGCUCAGCCCGACCUGAUGAGGAAGGUUAGGUGUGAGGAAGAGAGCGGUGAGGAAAUGGAGGACAGAGAUGAAAGGGAGGAGAGGUUGGUGGACAUCUACAUGAGCGCCGACAGCCUCAGAGGUUAUAAUGGUGGCACAGAGACACAGCUGGCUGCAGUGCAGGACAGAGGAGGAGGGCCACAUGCAGAGAGGAGGAGGGGCAGGGUUCGUACCGUCUGUCUGGGGCUGCUGUACCUUCUCCUGCUGACAGGAUUCACCGGCCUGGCCAUCCAGCAUAUACAAGUGAUGAAAGAGAAAAACAGCCUACGUGCCAGUUACCAGAACCUGCAGGCCAGUCACAAGAACCUGACUGAAGAGAAAGACCGCCUGCAGGCCAGUCACAAGAACCUGACUGAAGAGAAAGACCGCCUGCAGGCCAGUCACAAGAACCUGACUGAAGAGAGAGACCGCCUGCGGGCCAGAGAGUGUGAAAUCAAAGUGGAAACGGGUGAAUACCAGCCAUUCCCAAAGAACGAAACUGUGGUCGCUGAUGCAGAAAAAACUCCAGCAAAAUGCAGGCAUCUCAGUGUGGUGCUGGUGAGCUUUGGGCUGCUGUGUAUUCUUCAGGCGGUUCUCAACGUCUCCCUGAGACUUGCUCUGAGUGAUUCCCCUUUCAAAACCACUCAAGAAGUGGUAAUAGAAGAGGAAGUAGAGGUUGAGCACUGCCCACUCAACUGGUUGACAUCGGGCUCCAGCUGUUACUACAUUUCUUCAAAGAGGAGGAGCUGGGACCAGAGCCGACAGGACUGCCUGGAGAGGGGAGCUGACCUGGUGAUCAUCAACAGCAGAGAGGAGCAGGACUUCCUCAUGAAGUUCGUCAUAGCGGCAUGGGUUGGUAUGACGGACAGGCAGGAAGAGGGCUUGUGGAGGUGGGUGGAUGGAACCCCUGUGAUGAAAGACAGGUUGUUCUGGGCACCUGGACAGCCUGACGGGGCCUUUGGAGGAGAAGACUGUGGCGACAUUCGAGUAAUGAUUGAUUUCGUUGGUUUGAACGACUACAACUGUAGCGCCAAGGUCUCCUGGAUCUGUGAGAAGAUGCUGCAGUAGAUCCACUUAGACGGAGACUAGAGAUUGUUACAGAGAUUGCCCA